AUGCGUUCCAGAAUUAAGUUUACAGAUAAGAAUCCGCUUAGUGUUUUCAUGAGACCUUCAACGAGUUUCAUCAAGUUUAAGGAUAUAAUCCAAAAAUUGGGGCUGCAAGGCGUGAAACGGGUAGAGAAGUUAUUCUACAGAAUUCUGAUAUCCAUUUUGUGGGAUGAUGUGAAGUAUGAUUCGUUCGUCAUAGGCAGCGAUAAAGAUUUGGAAGUUCUAUUCCACUAUCGUCGGCAAUUCCCGGAGGUGAGGACCCUUGAGCUAUUGGCCAAGCUUGUAGAUGUGGUCUCUAAUUCAGGAGGUUCUAACUGGAAUCUUCUACCUUCAGCCACGGCCGUCGGGUUGAGUUCGAGGCCUAUUGGUGCCUCUUCAUCUCUGUCUGUGAUUGAGACUGAGACAGUUUUGGUGGCCUCCCCGUCUUUUGCUGCUGAUCUAAACCGCACUCGUGACAGAGAACGGGUUGAUACUGUGCUGGUAGUUGAUGCUGCGUUUGGGGUGGCCGACAUUGAUAAUGUGGUCCCAGAACCCUGGCAGGGUGGAGUACCGAAUGGUGUGGAAGAUCUAGUUCAGGAACACCGCAGUACCCCUGAACUUUUCAGCUUUGGACUUGGAUGCCAUGAGACAAGAAGGGACCCUGCCGUGCCUGUCGGAUUUGGGGCCAAAGAUACACAGGAUAUCAGAGGACUAGCAGAGUUCUAA